AUGGUCGGAAUGAUGAAGGUCUUCUUCAGCUGGGCUCCAUUGGCAUCUGCCAGUUGCCUCAUCACCUCCAAGGUUUGCGCCAACUUUCCAGAGUUUGGAAGGAUACAAUUCAGAGAUGUCGUCGGGGAGGAGUACCUGCACGCCGCACAGCACGAAGCCGCGUGCUUGAAACGUGCCGAGGACUUCCACCAUUGGUGCGGAAACACUGGCAACAUUUCUGUAGCUGCCACAUUCAUGCCGGACAAGACCCAGUUCUACGACCCCGGUGCUUGUGAUGCUGGCUGGUCUCAGUGGCAGGCAUUUUGUUACCGCUUCCAUCUCGAUCUGAAGACUUGGAGGGAAGCUGAAGAAAUUUGUUUGGCGCAGGACUCCCACUUGGCCUCGGUUCAUUCGAUGGAGGAGAACCGCUUCGUUCAUCUUCUGGCUCAUGGCUUGAAGGUUUGGAUUGGUUACCACCAUCAGCAAGAGCGUUUUGCUUGGACCGACAAGUCCCAGGAAGAUUUCACGAACUUUGCGAAGAACUGCAGCGGUAGAUCACACGAGGCAGAUUGCCAAGCAGAUCAAGUACAACAGCAAUGGCACCGCUCCAGUGGGGCUGAGCGUAGCCCAUUUGUCUGCAAGCGAAAUGCAAAGCGGGUCUCAACAGUGCGCAGCAUCUCUGCCGAACGCCUCCUGAAAGAAGAGUGGGAGCUUCUUCGUCUGGGUCUUCAUGAUCUUCCAUCUCUGGAUCAGAAGCUGUUACCUCUGGAGGCUCUCGUGCCUGAUGCCAAGAAUCAGAGUGGUGUGGACUUCCAGAUGUACGUGCUGAAGCGAGACGGUUUGAAGCAGGAGGUGAAGUUCGAUGCCAUCACCCAACGCCUUCAGCCACUCUGUGAAGGUUUGGAUCCAAAUUACAUCGAUCCAGUUCCAGUGACACAGAAAGUCAUUGAAGGUUUCUACAAUGGCAUCGCAACAGCUGAGAUUGAUACCUUAGCUGCAGAGACUUGUGCCUACAUGUCUCAAAAACAUCCUGACUUCAGCAUUCUGGCUGCCCGCAUUGCCGUGUCAAAUCUCCACAAGAACACCUCAGACUCCUUCUAUCAGACAUGCAAAUGUCUGUACGAAUACACCGAUGAUCAGGGCAGGGCAGCUUCUCUCUUGGCUGAGGACGUUUGGGAGUUUGUGAAAGCGAAUGCAGAGCAGUUGGAUGCGGCUGUGGACUACAAGAGAGACUUUGGCUACGACUACUUUGGUUUCAAGACCCUUGAGAAAUCCUAUCUCCUUCGAGUGAAUGGAAAGAGUGUGGAACGACCACAGCACUUGAUCAUGCGCGCUGCAUGUGGCAUCCAUUGUGGCGAUUUGGCCGCGACACUGGAAACCUAUGACCUCAUGUCCAAGAAGUUCUUCACACAUGCUACUCCAACCCUCUUCAACUCGGGCACACCCAAGCCACAGAUGUCUUCCUGCUUUCUCCUGAAGAUGAAGGAGGACAGCAUUGAGGGAAUCUAUGACACCUUGAAGCAGUGUGCCCUGAUCUCAAAGUCAGCUGGAGGGAUUGGAGUUGCCAUCUCCAACAUCCGUGCCAGUUCAUCCUACAUCCGUGGUACCAAUGGGCACAGCAACGGGCUUGUUCCCAUGCUGCGGAAUUUCAAUGAGACUGCCCGUUAUGUGGAUCAGGGUGGUGGCAAGCGAAAGGGAUCCUUUGCCAUGUACUUGGAGCCAUGGCAUGCAGAUGUCUAUGACUUCAUUGAGCUCCGCAAGAACCAUGGAAAGGAGGAGCAGAGAGCUCGAGAUCUUUUCUUGGGUCUUUGGAUCCCAGAUCUCUUCAUGAAACGAGUGAAAGAAAACUUGGACUGGACAUUGUUUUGUCCCAAUGAGGCCUACGACCCUGAGACUGGCAAAGGCUUGAUGGAUUUGUGGGGUGAGGAGUUUGAGACGCUCUACACCAAGCUGGAAGCUGAUGGAAAAGGCCGAAAGACCGUGAGGGCCCAGAACCUGUGGUUCCGAAUCCUUGAGGCUCAGAUGGAAACUGGAACUCCCUACAUGCUGUACAAAGAUCACUGCAAUCGGAAGUCCAACCAGCAAAAUCUCGGCACCAUUCACUGCUCCAAUCUUUGCACAGAGAUCAUUGAGUACACUUCUCCAGAUGAAGUCGCAGUUUGCAACCUUGCAUCCAUUGCAUUGUCGUCCUUUGCUAGCUCAAAAGGAGAAGCAUAUGACUUUCAGAAGCUCUAUGAAGUGACCAAGGUGGUCACAAAGAAUCUGAACAAAGUCAUUGACCGCAACUAUUACCCCGUGGAAGAAGCCCGUCGCUCCAACAUGCGUCAUCGUCCUGUGGGUCUGGGUGUUCAAGGUCUUGCAGAUGCCUUUUUGAUGAUGAAGCUGCCCUUUGAGAGUGACGAAGCAAGAAAGCUCAACGAAGACAUUUUCGAGACCAUCUACUUUGCUGCAUGCGAGGCUUCUUGCGAACUGGCGGAAAUCCAUGGGCCAUAUGAGACCUAUGCAGGCAGCCCAGCCAGCAAAGGUCUCUUGCAAUUCGAUCUCUGGGGUCGCGUUCCUAGCAGUGGACGCUGGGAUUGGCAGGGUCUGAAGGCAAAGAUCGCAGUGCACGGACUUCGCAACUCGCUGUUGUUGGCCCCGAUGCCGACUGCAAGCACAGCACAGAUCUUGGGCAACACGGAGUCGUUCGAGCCCUAUACGCAGAACCUUUACGUGCGCCGCGUGUUGUCUGGAGAGUUUGUCCAAGUGAAUCGACACCUUCUGAAGGACCUCAUCACUAGAGGUCUUUGGAAUGAUGAGACACGGAUGAAGCUCAUUGCUCACAACGGUAGUGUGCAACGCCUGGAUUUACCGCAGGAUCUGAAGUAUCUCUACAAGACAGUUUGGGAGAUUAAGCAGAGGCGUGUGCUAGACAUGGCCGCAGAUCGCGGGGCUUACAUCGACCAAUCGCAGUCCUUGAAUAUCCACAUGGUGGACGCCAGCACUGCGAAGCUGUCAUCCAUGCACUUCCAUGGAUGGGAACUUGGUUUGAAGACAGGUCUCUACUACCUGCGCACGAAGGCAGCAGCAGAUGCCAUCAAGUUCACAGUGGAUGUAGAUACCUUGAAGAGAACCGGCUCUGACUCUGAGGGCAGCACUUGUACCGCAAAUACUGCGAAGUCGAGUGUGAAGAGUUCUGACUCGCUUGAGAAGUCUGUAAUUCAAUCCUUGAAAGCCGACGGACCAAAAUAUGAGUGCGUCAACUGCAGUUCUUAA